UUCGGCGCAAGUAUUUCUUCCAAGGCCUAGUCUCCUUUGGUGUUUCUGCAAAGUUGGUUAGUCUUUGCAUCUCUGCAGCAAGCCAGGAUCAUGAUUUUCAGUGAAUAUACGAUUUGUAUAUUUGUGGUCUUUUUUCGAAUAACAGCCAGUGCUGGUAUUCCUGAUGUAGUUACAAAAUCGAGUGAAGCAUCAGACAUCAGUUCCAAUACAUCUAUUCCAUUAGGAAUUGAUCUACAACCCAUAGAUGACGAAAACUUAGGGGUAGGUAGGCUGAACCUAGAUUUGGAUCCCAAUAUCGGAAUAGAAAAUGAAACCUCUGACUGUAAGCACCAAUGUGUAUGGUACUACCAAUGCAGCAAUGGCAGUAUCAAUACCAAUGGAGCAGGAAUCAUCAAUAUAAGAGAAAAAGACCUACCGUGUGGCGACAUCUUCCACGUGUGCUGCAAGCUGGAGGACGUAUCCACCUCUCCCAUAACCCCAGCUCCCCCACCAGUCUCUCGCCCCAAAGGCUGCGGCUACAGGCGCUCCAACGGCAUAGGAAUCCGCAUAACAGGCGACGAGGCAGGCGAAUCCCAGUUUGGAGAGUUCCCUUGGAUGGUCGCCAUCUUCAAAAACGUCGGCCCCAACGACGUCAGCCCCUUUCCCAAGUGCGGGGGCGCCCUGAUCCACCCCCAAGCGGUCAUCACUGCAGCGCACUGCGUCACCAACAAGGCUCACCAGUUCUUAGUGCGAGCCGGCGAAUGGAACCUCAAUGUAGCCAGCGAGCCCUUCCUCCAUCAAGAUGUGCCAGUCCGGUCGGUGAAGAUCCACCAUGAGUUCUACUCAGGAGCCCUGUUCAACGACAUAGCCUUCUUGUACCUGGACAAACCAGUGGAGCUAGCAGCGAACGUGGAGGUUAUCUGCUUACCCCCACAAAACUUCUCGCAUCGAGCAGCCAGCGGUAGAUGCUUCUCCACCGGCUGGGGCAAAAACAGAGAAGGACGAGAUGGGCAGUAUCAGUCGAUCAUGAAGAAAAUCGAUCUACCUUUUGUGCCUAGAGACACCUGCCAAGCGCAGCUGCGGAAGACCCGCUUGGGCAACUUCUUCAACCUCCACAGGAGCUUCAUGUGCGCUGGGGGAGAGAAAGACAAAGAUGCUUGCACGGGCGAUGGAGGUAGUCCCUUGGUGUGUCCGUUGGAGGGGCCUGUUGAGAGGUACUAUCAAGCUGGGAUUGUGGCUUGGGGUAUCGGAUGUGGGGAUGCUGACGUGCCUGGGGUUUACGUGGAUGUGGGACAGUUCAGGGAAUGGAUUGAUGAGCAGAUGAGGUUUAAUGGGCUUGAAACGGGAGGGUAUGUCACAGACUGAGGUUGAAGUGUUGGACAUUUGCUGACUGUAUUGAGACCAUUUAUUUAUUUUUGAGUGGUUGUACUGAUAGAGAUUAUAAUUACUUUUAUAAUAAAAGACUAUUUAUUGAG